UGUGCCGCAUGGCGGUCGUGACGUCAUUGUAGUUGCGUUCUAAUAUCCUUGCCACGUAUUUUUGCUGUUUAAGUAUCUCCAAGUGUCUCGCGUGAUCAACAACUGAUUUAAUGUCUUUUACCUGCUUCUCUCAAGUUACCUAAGAAGCUCUCGGCAGAAAUGGGAUUGUCUCAUAGCGUGGAGAUACCGGGAGGCGGCACAGAAGGUUAUCAUGUAUUAAGGGUUCAGGAAGGUUCUCCUGGACAGCAAGCAGGACUUGAAGCAGUUUUCGACUUUAUUGUGGCAAUUGGAAAUACUCGGCUAGAUCAAGAUAAUGAUACUUUGAAGGAACUACUAAAGGCUGGUGUAAAUAAGGAAUUAACAAUUACAGUGUAUAGUAGUAAAACACAAUCUGUAAGACGAACAAAAAUUGUACCAAGUAUGACAUGGGGUGGACAAGGUUUAUUGGGCGUUAGUAUACGUUUUUGUUCGUUUGAAGGCGCCAACGAAAAUGUUUGGCAUGUGCUUGAAGUACAUCCAUCAUCUCCCGCAGAGUUGGCUGGUUUACAACCAUUUACUGAUUACAUCAUUGGUGCAGACUCCAUUCUUCAUGAAACUGAAGAUUUAUUCACUUUAAUAGAGGCACAUGAAUCACGACCUCUUAAAUUGUAUGUAUAUAAUAUUCAGGAUGAUUCCUGCAGAGAAGUAACUAUUACACCUAAUAAUACAUGGGGUGGAGAAGGAAGCUUAGGAUGUGGAAUUGGAUAUGGAUAUCUGCACAGAAUACCUAUUAGAAGUGUACCAGAGCAUAAACCUGCUAAUUCAUAUGCGAAUGUAAAAGUUGCUACACAAACUCAAGUAGCAACAGCAACAACCACUACAACUACUGUGGCAGAAAUUAAUCCAAUUAUCAAUACACCACCCGGUUUAUCCAUUCCGCCAAAUUAUACCGCUCCAAUGGAUAACUCUGAACACGAUGUGAAAAAUUUGAAAAGUGAACAAGAAGUUAGUAAAUUAGCUGAAAAUAUAUCUGGAUUAAAUAUCCAAGCACAGACAACAAGUCAUCUCAAUUUCACUGGUGCUGCUAGUAGCUACACACCAGCCAGUUCGGCUCCUCAUAUGUUUUCGAAUCAACCUCCUAUUAAUUUCACACCUGGCACUUAUCAAGCAACUCCAAGCAUUCCUGGUAUGCCAACUAUCCCGGUAUUACCAACAGCAUUACCUACGAGCACCAAUUCUUAUGAAGCAACAAUAUCAUCUGGACCAAUUAAUGUCCCAAGACAGCAAAUGGAGCAGAAUUUUGUACAAGGUGCGAGCGUAGUUAAUGUUCCAGGACUGCAAAGAGAACAAAAUCCUGUUUAUAAUGUAACCACAGGAUUUAACAUGCCUCCUCAGUCUAAUGUUGUGACAACACCCAUCUCACUGCCAGGAAUGCCACCUAUCACAGUUAGCGCCUCUCUCCCGCAAAACACUUCCUUCUAUCCAUCUGUUCAACAGCAAAACCAAUUUUCAUCUGAUAUCAGCACUACCAGUGUUGCUUCAACAUUGACAUCAACGUCCAUACAGUAAAGUGCAUAUUCUUAAAAAUUAGAUAAAGGAGGACGUGAUUUUCACUUUAAUAAAGCAUAUUUUUAAGCAUGCUGGUGAAAUAGAACCGGAUUAAUUUCGUUCUAAGCUCGGGUAUGAUUUGAAUCAAUAAAAUUAAGUUUAAUUUCUUUCAUAAA